AUAUCCCGGAUGUGUGUCUUUGCGGUUCUUCUGCCACGUCGCUGCCAUCUUGGAAGCGAAAAAUCACUCUAAAAACGUACAGAAGUUCUCCUCCUUCCACCAUGAAGUCUCUUAUAUUCUCUCUACUCUGUUUAGUUAUCUGUGAUGUUAUUUUAUUGGUUAGUUCGUUGUCAUUUACGCUUCCUUCGGGCUCGAGAAAGUGUCUGAAAGAAGACGUCCACAAGGAUGUCUUGGUGACUGGAGAGUACAAGCUAUCCGAGGCUCCUCAUCAGAAAACACAUCUCAAGGUCACGGAGUCCACAGGCCACGUCUUGUACUCAAAAGAUGACGCUACAAAAGGGAAGUUUGCCUUUACUACAGAUGAUUAUGAGAUGUAUGAAGUAUGUUUUGAAAGUGAAGCUAGCACUAGUGGUGGAAGUGACAGAGAAAUCUUUGUAAACAUUAAACAUGGUGUUGAAGCCAAGAACUAUGAAGAUCUUGGAAAAGCAGAAAAGCUUAAGCCAAUGGAAAUAGAACUUAAGAGAAUGGAAGACUUAGCAGAUGCAAUUGUUAAUGACUUUGCUUAUAUGAGACAAAGAGAACAAGAGAUGAGAGAUACUAAUGAAUCAACAAACUCCCGAGUGUUAUAUUUCUCAGUGUUCUCUAUUCUCUGCUUGUUUGGACUGGCAACAUGGCAGUUAUUCUACUUAAGAAGAUUCUUUAUCGCCAAGAAAUUAAUUGAAUAGAAACAUCCAUUCCAGCGUGAUGCCAUUUUUAAUAAUAUAAUACAUCCUUUUGAAGCACAAAGCAUCUCUUGUUAGAUUUUUCUUUUGUAAUGCCCUCUUAGCCUCACUUGGGUGCUUUGUGCAUGACUAGUAAAGAGUGAUGUAUGAUGUGUCAUAUAUAUGGCAGCGUUCCUAUCAGUAUGGCCAGCAAAAUGAGAUACUAUCAUCAUGAACUUUCAUUCUCAUUCAUUCUCCAAGCUGGACAUAGAAACACCUAAUCAUUUCCCUACAACCAGGCUGAAAAUAACUGUCGGUCAUUGGUCCUUAGAUUAUUAUAUCACAUUAAAAAGGUUUUCCAAAAUAACUAGAGGUUGUUUCUUUCCAAGGGAAAAACAUCUUGCGAUAAUUUCUUCAUCUUUUCAUUGUCACUGUUUAUUUCUGCAAAUACAGUCUCUCUUGGAAUCUGUAUCAAAUGAGUCUCUCAGCCUGUGAAUAUAUAAAGGGAAUUUCUCAGACAUUAAUAUAGGUAGAUAUUAAUCCUAUUGUUUUCUUACAUCUACUUCUAUAUACUUAUAUCUCAUAAUUACUUUAUGAGACAACAUUAAACAAUAGCUUUUGGUUUCACAGGCUAAGUGCUAUCUACAACUUAAAAUAAUUUUCUAAAGCAAUAAAGUAUCCUCGGAUUAUAA